UAUUAUUUAAGCGUGAUCACUAUUUUAUAGUGCCAAAAUGAGUCGAUUUAGUAAAAUUAAUAAUAUUAUCUCAUUAGCUUCGACUUCCACUGGUGUCAAUUCGAACUUAACUAAUUCAGAAUCAAGUUCAAAUGAUUUUGAUGACUCUGAUGUAGACUGUGAUUAUAUUCCAUGCCAAACACAGGAAAAUACAGACUCUGAAAAUGAAAACUCAGAAUUAUCAUAUCAUACACUACAACCAGUUGAGCAAGUGCCAUUGAUAAAUAAUACUGUUUAUUCAGAGCAUGUAGUUAAUGAACCUGAUAAUAUCGAUCAAGUGGUUUAUGAUGAUAUUCCUCAAACAACCAAUGUUGAACCUACUAAAGAAUCACAUUAUGUCCGAAAAAAGUCUAAAAGGCAUUAUCUUGACAGCCGUUUAUCAAUUUCUAUAAUGCACGAGCUUUAUAAAACGUUAGAAAACUACUACAAUCCAUAUACACCAUAAAUCAAACCACCAAGUUUAACAACAUACAAUUGAGUGUUUUUUCAAGAGUACAAUCUUUCAUUUUAUAAACCAAAAAAGGAUCAAUGUUCUCUUUGUACUAAAUACAAUGAGGCUAAUGAAAAUGAAAAAAAAAUUUUGAAAUUGAUUUAUGAAAGUUAUAAAGAAUGAGAAAAAUCAGCAAACUUGAACAAUUCUCUUGAUAAAGAAAAAGCUUCAACUAAUUCAAAUUUUGUGAUAGUUACUUAUGAUUUGCAAAGUGUUCUUCAGAUUCCUUCAAGUGAUGUAUCUCCAAUGUACUGUAGUCAUAAACUUUGCUGUUACAAUUUUACAGUAUGUGAAGAGGCAUUGCCUAAUAAAGCAUACUGUUAUGUUUGGACAGAGGUACACAGGAAAAGAGGAAGCAAUGAAAUUGGUUCAUGUUAGUACCGUUACAUAAAUACACUUGAUAUAAAUGUAACUGGUUUAUCUCUUUUUUUCUGAUACUUGUGGUGGCCAGAAUAAAAACAAAAAUGUUGCAGCAAUUCUUAUGUUGACAGUUCAAACCAGUAAUCAAGUUAUUGAACAAAAAUUUUUAGAAUUGGGUCAUUCUAUGAUGGAAUGUGAUUCAAUGCAUAGCUCUAUUAAAAAAGCUAAAAAAUACACUAGAGUAUACACAGUAAAUGUUUGGUUAAACAUCUUCAAGUAUGCUCGCUCUUCUCAUCAUCGGAGUAAUGCUCAGCCUUAUGAAGUAAUUGAAAUUGAAUAUAAUGAAUUUUAUGAUUUAGCAGCAUUAUCAAAUGCAUAUUUGCAAAAUACUAGUAUUAACACAAGUGGUAAAAAAAGUCAGCUGGCUAAAAAUAAAAACUUUAAGAUACGACAAAGAUAAUACAAAUCAUUUGCUUUAUCGUUAUGAUUAUACUGAUGAGUUUUGUAAAAUAAAUAUAAAAUUAGUAAAAAGAAGGUCAACUGCGCGAACCAGGUUUAUUCCUAAAGAAACUGAUCAACUUAAAAAAGCUUAUACAAGUAUGUUAUCAAUAUCAAUAGCGAACACAAUGAUUUGCAAAAGUUAUGCAAAAAAAAAUGUAAUUCCUUCACAAUACCAUGCUUGGUAUGCUUCUCUCCCAUGCACAACAAGAGUGUUAGAUUUAAAUCUUAACCUAAUCUUACGGUUCUACAAGUAAAUGUUGUAACCAAAUUCAAUUUAAAAGCCUUACGAUUAAUGAAAACUGCUUCAGGGUAGUAAACAGCCAAAAUCUAGGAAUGAAACAAACUUAUGAGCGACAAUCACUUAUCUACUUAUUCCCAGGAAUAAUGG